UUCCGCAAGCAGCGCCAUGGCACCCAGGAUCCUCUCCCUCCUCCUCCUCGUGGGACUCCUCUCCAUCUGGGCUGGGAUGCCGACUGCAACGGAAGCACAAGUGCAUCCCGGAAGAUGCCCCAAGCCUACUGGCGGUGGAGUCUGUGCGGACAUGUGCAAGAGAGACAGCGACUGUCGUGCAGAUGAAAAAUGCUGCUUCAAUGGCUGUGGCCGCAAUUGCAUGAAGGCCAUUAGAGGGUCCCCGAGAGUCUGAGCGGGCCACGGCGGUGGCAGCAGCAGCCCCCUGCCCGCUAUCCCCAGGUUUCUUCUGCUGACCAGGACCAGGACCGCACCGCAGCCAGGCUCCUUGGCUGCCUUCCUGGAGGGGGAGAAUAGCAGAUGGUCGAGAUGUGACCCAGCCCUGUACCCGAUCUCCCCCCCCCACCCCAAUAAAGAACCAGUCUGAG